GGGCUCCCCCCGUGCGGUGGCUUUUUAUACAUAGCCCAAUGGCCACGUCUCUGGGCUCUGUCGCGCUGAGGAACCCUCUAACCGAUCAUUGUCUGGCCAUACGGUAGAGAGCACCUGUCGGCAUACUCGAAAAGACACCAGCCAUGGCGCUCAACCACGAGCAGACGCGCCUCAUAAAGGCGACGGUGCCCCUCAUCCGCCAGGAUGGCGAGCGUAUCGCCACCCUCUUCUACACAAACAUGAUCAGAGACCACCCGGGCAUGCACGCCUACUUCAACCCCAUCUCCAUGCAGCGCGGCCACCAGCCAAAGGCCUUCACCAUGAUGAUGCUCGCCUUUGCCUCGAGCAUCAACGACAUCUCUGGCCUCGUCGCCCGCAUGGAAAAGGUCGCCCACAAGCACGCAAGCCUCGCCAUCACCCCAGACCUCUACGACAUUGUCGGCGACUACCUCCUGCGGGCCUUUGCAGAGGUCCUCGGCCCCCACUGCUGGACCCGUGCCAUCCGGGAGGCCUGGGAGCGCGCCUACUCGGUCAUGGCCGGCAUGCUCACUCGCCGCGAGGCCCUCAUCUACCGCGACUUUGGCAGCUGGGUCGGCUGGCGCCGCUUCGUCGUCGCCCAGCGCUGGACCGAGCUGGCGGACGGCAACGACGGAGAGGGCGACAUUGUCACAAUCGAGGUGCGGCCCGAGGACGGCAAGAAACUGCCACCCUUCCAGCCUGGCCAGUACGUCUCUCUGCGCCUAUCGGCGGUACCGGGCAGAGACCAUCCACAGCUGAGGCAGUACUACCUGUGCGGCGAUCCUGCUUCGUCCUCGACGUACAGGUUUACAGUCAGGCGCGAUGCCAGCCGUGAAACGGAGCACUUCAGAACCGAGUCCAGGCACGUGCCGCAAUCGUCAGUCAGGCCUGGCGUAGUCUCGUCCAUGCUGAUCGACCAGGUCAUGGUCGGCGAUGUGCUCGAGCUCACCCACCCCGCAGGAGAAUUCAGCCUGGAGCCGGCCUCGUCAGAGAAUACUGGCAACGCCCCGAUAGUGCUCAUCUCCGCCGGUACGCAACCACCACCACCACCACCACCACCACCACCAGAUCGGCCGAUCUCUUGGGUCCACGGGUCCCGGCAUCGUCCGCUCUAUGGCAAUCAAGUCCGCGAUCUGGCCAAGCGGUUUCCCGAGAGGCUGGGCACGACCUUCUUCAAGACGCGGCUCGCGGACUCGGAUGUGCUGUCGUACACAGUCGACUUCGUGACCGACCUCAAUGUAGGCCGCGUGCGGCCAGUCGAGGAUCUGUAUCUGCGCGGGGGCGGAGGCAUGUCGGGCCAGCCAGCCGAGUAUUAUGUCUGCGGUCCGCACAGGUUCAUGAUCGAAGUCAAGAAGUAUCUCGAGUCGAACCGGGUAGAUCCAUCGAGGAUCAAGUUUGGCAUGUUGGAGAUUGGGUCCAUGGAUAAGAAGGACUGAUCGAGUGGAGAAAGUGAACGAAAAAGAAAAAUCGAGGAAAGGCCAAUUGGGUUCAUAUUUAAUAUCGGAGGACAUUACCCGGCAUGUUUUAUGUUGAGUAAAGUGAGCAAGCUGUCUGUUAUUCAAACAGACUCCAAAUUGAAGGCAAAUGGCAUAAUCAUUAUGCCUACCAGGAAGUUCAGAGAUCUUCAGAGUCUUCUCAGAUUUAUACAAGCAGACGAAACAUCGACCAGC